AUCAGUCUUCUUUUCGCUUUCUAUUGUGAAGAACCAAUUGGAGUCACUCAUACCUAUCGAACAAAGAAAGAUGUGGUGUUUUGUAACCACUUGGGCUUCGUAUAUUAUCGUAGCGGCCUUUCUAUAUCCUUUUACGCUGGGCUGUUACAACUUGUUCCUUCACCCUCUGCGUCCGUAUCCUGGACCAAGGAUAUUCGCCGCCUUCAGAUUUCCGUAUGUGAUCGCCGGAGCUUUGGGCUACCUGCCACAGAUGGUUUUAGAAAUGCACAGGCGAUAUGGACCCGUCAUACGCGUAGCUCCAGACGAGCUCGCCUUUGAUUCUACGACGGCGUGGAGGACAAUUUAUGACAUCCAGAAAGGUCGUUCCCCUCUUGAGAGAGAUCCGCACUUUUUGCCGCCUGCCGCUCCAGGAGUGAAGCAGUACCCUAGUAUGGGUACUGCGAACAACUCAGAACAUUCGAAAUUUCGUCGGCUAUUGGGGCACGCCUUCAGCGCACAAGCCCUACAGGCGCAAGAACAUCUCGUCCAGAGACACGUUGACUUGCUAAUCGCCAGCCUACGUAGCACAAGCGCUUCUAGCGAAAAACCUCAAGACCUGGCGACCUGGUUUUUAUGGAGCGCCUUCGACAUCGUGGGCGAUUUAGCACUAGGAGAAUCGUUCAGUUGCGUUGAAAAUCGUACUUUCCAUACCUGGCCGGAGACAGUAAUGGCAGGAUUUGAGGCAGGGCUCUUGAUCAGUGCCGUUCGCCGAUAUGUCCCAUUGACACUCGCAUGGAGACUAGUUCCUGCUAGUGUACUGAGAAAAAGGGCAGAUCAUUUCACUAUGGCGAGAUCAAUCGUUAACAAUAGGAUGAGGAAGGGAGCGGACGCUAGACCAGAUUUCUUGUCCUACAUAAUGCGGCACUCUGGGGAUGAAGAAUAUUUCAAAGGUUUCGUGGACAGCGCAGAAAAGGUCGUACCGACGGCAGCGUUGAUCGUGAUGGCGGGUGGCCAUUCUAUAUCUACACUGUUAACUAGCACUGUCUACUUCCUGCUUCGACGGCCCGAGACAAUGAAGAGACUUGUAGAGGAGAUACGAAGCUCUUUCACCAGUGCUGAAGAGAUCAAUUACACGACAGCAUCGGCCAGGCUGCCUUACAUGCUAGCGGUGUUUGAUGAGGUUUUACGGUUACUUCCUCCUGUUGGAUUUGGCAUUCCUCGAAUGGUUCCGCAAGAAGGUCUUGUAGUUGAUGGGCAACUUGUCCCCUCAGGGACUCGAGUUUCUGUUUUCCAUCUUGCCGCAGCUCGCUCUCCCAGGAACUUUCACAAACCUGACGAGUUUUUACCUGAACGAUGGCUCAAAGAAGAGAAAAUUCAAUCUAUGUUCGACAACGAUGUUCAAUCAGCUUCUUUACCUUUUAGUGUUGGGCCUCGUAGCUGCAUUGGGAGAAAUAUGGCCUAUUUGGAAAUGCGCUUGGUACUUUCACAGCUUCUCUGGAACUUUGAUAUUUCUCUAGAUCCCUUAGCUCCAGAUAGGCUGAAGGCUAAGAUCUUCAUCGCCCCGAAGAGACUUCCCUUGCCAGUAUAUCUGACGCCUGUAAAUCAGAGCUCUUGA